AUGAACGGCAUAUCAUCACCAUCCCAGAAUCGUGAGCAGGCCAGCAGACUCAACGAUGAUCUCGCGGUGCUUGCAGUCGAGCAAGGACUGAAUGAAAAAGAAGCUCUGAUGCGGAACCAGUCAACUACCCGGUCCAUGACGCGAGUACGAUCUCGCCGAACCGAAGUUGUAGACGACUUUGACGAAGCUACGAACCCAUUGCACGAGCAGGCUGCCCGCUAUACACCACCCGAAAACCCCAACACCAACUUCUCCAAGUUUUUCAAGAAGGUGCACAACUCGUCAUGGCUCGUGAGAUACUUUACGUAUAUCACCCCCAUGGUGCUUGUGAUUCUAAUUCCUCUUCUCCUUGGGGCAUUUGUGUUCGACGAAGCUACUGUCGGAGGCGUCGAACUGGUCUGGUUUUCCAUAUGGCUCAUGAUCGUGUGGCUGACACUAUGGGCAGGAAGAGUCCUUGCCAAGCUACUUCCCUGGCCUAUCGGUCUUGUUUCCAGUCUCUUCACCAACAACAGCAAGAAGUGGAGAGACAUGGGAAAGCAGCUCGAGCUGCCGGCUACCUUGUUCUUUUGGUGGCUGGCCAUUGAGGUGUCGUUCCUCCCAACAAUGACGAAUCACCAUCUCAACGGUGUCAAGACUACUAGAAACUGGGAACGCAACAUGAACAAGGUGCUUGUAACACUCUUCGUCGGUUUUGUACUGAACUUCAUCGAGAAGAUUAUUAUCCAGCUUAUCGCCAUUAGCUUCCAUCUCCGAACAUACCAGGACAGGAUCGAGCUGAACAAGUUCCAGAUUGGCAGUCUUGGCAAGUUGUACAGGUUCUCCAAAGAGAAGAUUGCUAUGGAAGACUCGGAGUUUGAACAGGAUCACGACCAUGGCCCAUCUGGUGCUCGUACUCCCGGCCAAGUCCUGAACGAGGCACAGAGGAACAUCAAAGUCGGCUUCAACAAAUUCGGUGAUAUCGCCGGUAAGGUGGCCGGAGAUUUCACUGGACGGGCCGUGACUGGUAGCAACCACCCUCAUCAAGUUGUUCUUCAACUGAUUAGUACCACAAGUGGUGCUCAGGUCCUGGCUCGUCGGUUGUAUCGAACAUUCGCGCGGCCUGAAACCGAGACUGUCCAUAACGAAGACCUUAACAAUGCCUUCGAUAGCGACGAUGAAGCCAACGCAGCCUUUUCCAUGUUUGAUAAGGACAUGAAUGGCGACAUUUCUAUGGAAGAGCUCGAGGCUGUCUGUGUCGAAAUCGGCCGCGAGCGCAAGUCCAUCACCGCUUCUCUCAAGGAUCUGGAUAGUGUCGUCUCGAAGCUGGACGAUGUCUUCAUGUUCAUCGUACUCAUCAUCACCAUCAUCGUGUUCAUUUCUUUGAUCUCGACUUCAGCUGCUGGUGUACUCACGUCUGCCGGUUCAACUCUUCUCGCUCUAUCCUGGCUCUUCUCUGCAACAGCACAAGAAUUCCUCCAGUCCUGCAUCUUCGUCUUCGUCAAGCACCCUUACGAUGUUGGAGACCGUGUCACAGUCUACGGUAAUACCGGUGACCUUGGCAGAGGCGAUGAUUAUUUUGUCAAGGAGAUUGCCCUCUUCUACACCGAGUUCAAGAAGAUGCAGGGUCACGUUGUUCAAGCGCCCAACAGCUACCUCAACACGCUCUUUAUCCUCAACCACCGUCGUUCAGGUGCCCUUGCCGAGGCCAUACCCAUCAUCAUCAAGUUUGGUACCACUCUGGAGCAGAUUGAACGUCUUCGCAAUGUCCUUCUCGAAUUCGUCACUGCUGAAAAGCGCGAGUACCAAACCAACAUUCUUACUGAGCUACGAGCAGUACAGGAAGUUCACUGGCUCGAGCUAAACGUCGUCUUCUUCUACAAGUCCAACUGGCAAAACGAAUUGCUCAGGCUCCAGCGCCGCAACAAGUUCAUUUGUGCACUCACCAUGGCCAUCCAGGAAUGCGAAAUCGAAGGUCCCCGCAUGCGCUACCCUGGUCAAAAAGAGUCUUUCCCAGUAUAUCUUCAGAACCUUCAGAACCCUGCUACACCUGGCGUUGGUAUCAACGGAACGCCCGACCAACCGAACGGCCAUAUCCGCAACGAGCCUCAAGACCAGCCUUUCGUCGCACCCGCCGAAGGCACCACUCCCGGCCCCGCUGGCUCCUCAAACACCCCAGCACGCCACGGCUCCAUCCUCCGUCAACCCAGCACCACCAAACGCGUCCCCGAAACCCUCUCUGCCAUGGGCCGCCGAGUCGACUUCUCCCUAGGCAUGAAAUCAAUGGGUCUCGACGACCCUAGCGGGGACGUCCUUGAUGACCGCGAAAAUGACGCCCGCGCCCGCGCCACAGUCGUUCGCGUAACUUCGCCUUCCCGCUCUCAGGAUCGCACCCGUCAAUCUGAAGACAGCGCCCGCAGCACCGGUAUCCAGCGCGUAGGCACAAACGCUAGCUCCACGCAGCGCGAACGCACGCAUCGGAAUCGCUUCUUCUCCCGCAACCGCCAUGGUAACGAUGAAGAAGCUGCCAUGGCCGAUAUUCCAGAGGCAGACUACGAUAUCCCGCCCAGAACCAAUACGAUGGACCCACGUUCUGGACUAGUCAGCGAGAAGGCUGUGCGAGGAGACGAUGAGACUCCAUUGCGUGGCGUGAGAUCAUGA